CGACGCGCACGCUUGACCUUGUUUUUGUUGAUAUUUGACUUAAGUGCGGCUGCGCGUGGCGUGUACGUUGUUGGGUGACGCGGGUUGUCAAAAGAACUACGAAUGGAUAUAGAGGAAGAAAAUAGGUGAAAAGUGAGACCAGGGGAGGGGCAGGAGGACUCUUGUAGCUCCUACACAGACGGAAAGAAAACAAACCGUCUCUAAAAACGACCUAAAUCCAAAGGAUCGCAAGCGCACCGAGAAUGAAUUGGGGUAUUAUUCGAGUCAGUUUAAUUCGGCUCGGUUGGAUUCGAUUCCGUUAGUCGCGCAGCUUCGCCAUCCCCGUCAGCCCUAAGGCCGCCAAAAUUACCACAUCGCCAUUAUAUGAUCCACUUCCCGGCGUCGCUGCUGCCCUCCAUGUGGGUGAGGGACUUGUGCGUGUCGGGCUAUGGCGAGAAAAACAGUUAGCAGGAAAAGGAAAGCAGGGGAGUCCAAGGAACAACAGUUUGACUGGUGUCAGUCUGCACUUAAGCGUGCCCGUGUGUCAAGCUCUGCGCGUCAUGCCCAGCACUGGUGGCAGGGCCGGUGGUCAGUUGUGUGCUCUGUGAGAGGGAGGGAGUUUCGUCCACAGCAGCAGCAUGAGUGGAACUUCCAGCGGAGUUUACGUAGAUUUGCUGCCGGACGCAUCCCCACCAUCCUCAGAGAGAGAGAGUACUCCCUUGGCGGCCUCAACAAGGUGUUUGCGUCCCAGUGGCUCAACCACAGACAGGUGGUGUGCGGGACAAAAUGCAACACGCUAUUUGUGGCAGACGUCCUCUCGGGACAGAUAACAAGGAUCCCCAUGCUGAAGGACAGGGAGGGCAGGGGAGAGGUCUCACAGGGUUUGGGUGGAGUGGGAAACCAUUUACAUUUCCACAGUCCAGGAUCAGUUGGUGGUCUGGAUGCCCAGCAGGGAUGUGGCAUCCACGCCAUAGAACUGAACCCAUCUUGUACCCUGCUGGCCACUGGCGGAGACAACCCCAACAGCCUGGCAGUGUACAGACUACCCACACUCGACCCUGUCUGUGUUGGAGAUGAUGGGCACAAUGACUGGAUAUUCUCCAUUGCGUGGAUCAGUGAUACCAUGGCAGUCUCAGGAUCUCGUGAUGGCUCCAUGGGUCUAUGGGAGAUAUCAGAGGACAUGCUGAAUCACACAGAGAAGCAGCAGAAUGAGGAAGGUGUUCCCUGUUACUCCCACAUCUCUCACCGCGCUCUCAAGGACAUCCCUAAGGAGUACACCCACCCCUACAACUGCAAAGUGCGUGCACUGGCCUUCAACAACAGCCAUAAGGAGCUGGGUGCUGUUUCCUUAGAUGGAUAUUUCCAUCUAUGGAAGGCAGAAGACAACCUGUAUAAGGAACUUUCAACCAAACUCCCUUACUGUAAGGAAAAUGUGUGUCUGUCAUAUGGGCUGGACUGGUCCGUUUAUGCAGUGGGCUCUCAGGCACAUGUUUCCUUUCUAGACCCUCGGCAGUCAUCUCAAAACAUCAAAUCCGUGAGCUCCAGGGAGCGUGGCAGUGGUAUCCGCUCUGUGAGCUUCUAUGAGCAUAUAGUCACAGUAGGCACUGGCCAAGGCUCCCUGCUCUUCUACGAUAUCAGGGCCCAGCGUUUUCUGGAUGACAUAGGGGGAGGUGGGCCGUGGAAUCGCAGUCCAGAGGGCAUUCUGAAACUCACCACAGGCAGAGGAUGGCUGAACCACGAUGAAACAUGGAGAAGCUACUUUUCCGACAUCAGCUCCUUCCCGAACGCUGUUUACACACACUGCUACGAUGACUCUGGCACCAAACUCUUCGUGGCCGGUGGGCCCCUGUGUUCUGGUCUACACGGAAACUACGCUGGCCUCUGGAGCUAGCCUCCACCGUUCCUCCAUUUCCCUCUUACGCACCAUGUGCUAACAGGCCAUCUUCCAUCCUCUCCACACACUUAAGAUGCUCUCUCACUUCCUGUUCAACUUUGGUCCAAGACAUUUUCUAUUUUUCAAAGGACUCAGAGGAUAGAUGUGAUUCUCUUCUUUUUUUUGUGUGUGUUCUUAUGUCUAAACGUUUUUAUUAACCUGUUGUUCUCUUGAAUCCAUAUGUUUUUGUAUGGAAAAAGGAGAGACGUGACCGCCAAUGAGGCCUGACCUCCCGAAAUAGUUCAUUCAGUUCUUAUGGAUGGAGGUGUUAGGAGAACUGUGAAAGAGUGUAAAAAUAUAUUAAAAUAUGUUACGGUCUUUCUGGGCAGUGGGUUUAUGCUUUUUUUCAUAUAAAGAGUUGGUUCAUCAAAAAUAAAAAUUCUAUCAUCAUUUACUCAUCCUUAUGUUUUUCCAAACCUGAAUGGCGUUCUUUCUUCCCUUGAAGGGUGAGUAAAUGAUGAAGGAUUUUUUAAUUUUUUUUGGUGAACUAUCCCUUUAAGACUUUUUAUUUUUAGAUUGACGUGUUUAGUUUGUUUUUGGUGUGUUUUUCGAAGACCAGGCUGUAAGCCCCCCUUCUUGGCUCAUAAACAGUGGUUUAAGAUGGCAUUGUGGACACUUAAAAGAAGAGGGAUUUGAGACUAUUAUUGGUGAAAUGAACAGAGUUUGACCUUUAACCUCACUGUGUAUUAAUGGCCACCGAUGGACUGAGGUCAAGACCUCGAAUAUCAUAAAACUGAGAAUCAAAUGUGGACAGCAGUCAAUAAAGACGUGCCAGUUAUUUUUAAUUUUCCCUUUAUAUGUUCUGAAAUAAUGGCAGAGUCCACCAUAGGAAAUCACAGAUACUGUUUGUGUUCUCUUUGAGGUGUCUUGAAGAAUGCCCCGUUUAUUGCUGAUUCAAUACUAACACACAUCAAGAUUGCAUUUUUUUCACUCUAACACUUAAUAUUAUUUAUUUGUAUUGUUAUCAUCACUAGCACUCAUGAAGUUCAGAUAAAAUCAUAUUUGUUGUUUUCUCCUCUGCUUAAAGGCAGGGCAGUGUUGUGUGACAUUGUUGCCUUUCCAGAGUCUUUCUGUGAAAGACUGUUGCAGAUUAAAUUUGUUUUGAAUUCUUAGUGGCAUCAUCACAAAAACAUUGGAACAGGGAAUAUAUAUUAAGCAGAAAUAAACCAUCACUUUCAAAAUGUAUUUUAUAUAUAAAUGUAUAUUUGGAAUCUAAUAGAUGGAGAAUACAUUUUAUGUAAAUGUCAGAGGAUAUAUGUGCGUGUGUGUGAGUGAGUGAACUAAUCUGUCAGUAUUUUGGUGUUGACCUUUUUAUACUUGCUUCAUGAAUGUUUUUACAAAUCACAAGUGUAAAGAUAAUGUGCGAUAUGAAAACAAGCAAAAGAAAUGGCAACACUAACAGACAUUCUUCAUGAGAAAAUGAAUAAAAAUGUAUUAUGUAUUUUUGUUCAAUUUUGGCACUGCAUUGUGAAUUAUUUAUACUUGAUACUCUUGUGAAUAUUAAGAGCUGCAUUUAUUAUUGUAGAACUGUACACUGCUGGGAUUGACUUGACCACUGGGGGCGCACUUCGUGUCAUAAAUACAGUAUAACUGAAUGCCACAGAAUGCGCGUUCACGAAGAUUAAUCACUCAUUCAGUAUGCGAUCAAUGCAUUUACUGCAACACAGCAAA